UCAUGGGUAUUUCAAGAGAUAGUAGACACAAAAGAAGACUUACAGGUGGUCGUAUGCCAAUUCAUAAAAAGAAGAGAGCUUUUGAGAAAGGAAGACAAGCUGCAAUGACUAAAUUAGUAUCUGGUGAAAAGAGAGUUAGAAGAUUGAGAGUUAGAGGAGGAAACUUUAAAUUCAGAGCUCUUCGUUUAUCAGAUGGAAACUUCUCAUGGGGUAGUGAAGGUGUUGCAAAAAAAGGAAAGAUUGUUGAAGUUGUUUAUCAUCCAUCAAAUAAUGAAUUAGUCAGAACAAAAACAUUAACUAAAGGUGCUAUUGUAUAAGUUGAUGCUACACCAUUUAAAUAAUUUUAUUUAAAGAAAUACAAUAUUGAUUUGGGAGCUAAAAAGACUUAAAAGAAGGUAAAAAUUAUUAAAUUAUAAUUAGGACUAACCAGCAACUUAAGAAGUUAAGAAAUCAAAUUCAUUAAAAAAGAAACUAGAAGCCAGAUUGAAAGAUAGAGUUAUUGAUAAUUUAGUUGCUGAAUAAUUCUAAAAUCAAAGACUUUUAGUCAGAGUUACAUCAAGACCAGGACAAUCUGGUAGAGCCGAUGGUUAUAUUCUUGAAGGAAAGGAACUAGAAUUUUAUAUUAAAAAGAUCGAAUAAAAGAAGAAAUGAGUU